GUAGCUAGCUUGACCACUGUCCUGUCCAAGGAGACAGCCAACUGCGGCCCUGCGCCAUGGAGCUGGAGCUGGAGCUGGGGCUUGCACCGCCGGACCACGCGGGCUCGUGCGGCAAGAGGGGGACGAAGGAGGCGUUCGGGAUCAACAAGGCCACGCUGCCACUCUUCCUGCGUGACGACGACGACGACGGUGACCACGGCAGCGGCGACGCCCGCGGCUGGGAAAUGAGCAACAAGAAGAAGAGGCUGAUGGGGUGGCCGCCGGUGAAGAGCGCGCACCGCCCGCGCAGCAACGGCCACGUGAAGGCGAAGAUGGAAGGGGUGGCCAUCGGGAGGAAGGUGGACCUGUCCCGCCACGCCUCCUACGACGAGCUCCACCACACGCUCCGCCUCAUGUUCCCCUCCUCCACUUCUCACCAAGGUGAUUCUGAUGUACGGGAGGAGCCGGACCGGCAUGGCUGCCGCCGUGGUCGCGCCCCAUACGCGGUCACCUAUGAGGACGCGGAUGGGGACUGGAUGCUAGUUGGAGACGCGCCGUGGCAGGACUUCACCAGGUCGGCCAAGCGGCUGAAGAUACUGCUCGUCUAACCGACUACAGUACUUGACAUUGCCAGCCGAGUUUGGGUGUCAUGGACCUGCACCGCCCGGCGUGUGCGACUAGUUAUUUUUUGCUCACUGAAUAAUUUUUGUACAUGUUGCCGUCACGUCGACAAGUAUGGGACUUUCUGAGUUUCUCUCUCAGGUCCAAUGUUUAAUAUUUCGGCAACAGAACAAAUUCGGUCUUCACCGAAGUGUCGGAAAAUUAUUUCAGAAUUCGAUCCAUCGAAAUUUUCUCAA